AAAAAUAUAAAAUCUUGUCUUAAAAUGAAUAGCAAUCAAGACUUAAAAGAAGUGUGUGUUGAAUAAAUCUAAGAAUGUGAAACCUAACAGAAACACUUAGAUGAACCACAUUACAGAGAUGAUGAUGAUCAAUAAGGAGAUCAAUACUCUGAAGAAGAAGAAUAAGUUCCUAUCUACUCACCUUAUCAACUCUCUUUAUAUAAGAAACCAGCUCCUCGAACUUUAGAGGAAUUUCAUUUAGACGAGGAUCCAAAAAAGAAGGUUUGCAUUGAAGAAUGCUCAACCACAGAGUAAUCACAAGACCAUCAUGCUAUGGGUGACUUAGAAAUACUAGCAGAAAUGCUAUAAAAAGAAAAUUAGAAAAAAUUCUCAUAUCCAAAAAAUCUUCCAAUUCCAACUAAUGUAGAUGAACAUUUCUCUAAACUUAAGAAUGCAGAUUUCAUCCAUCCCAAAGAGAUGCAGAAGAACUUUAUUUUGAAUCCUAUGUUUAAAUCUGAAUGA